GCGCAUGCGUUAAUUCCCAGAAUUUUUUGCAGAAAUGGCAGCCAGGAGUUGUGAUGCUGGAAUGAAGUUCGGCCAUGUUCUGGUUAAAGAUGGAUGUAUAUUUUUGAAGUCUGCUCUUUCCUUUGCAUUUGUCAAUAUUAAACCUGUUGUGUCUGGACAUGUUCUUGUGGCACCAAAAAGGUGUCUUGAAAGAUUCUCUGAUCUCACACCAGAAGAAGUUAGUGAUGUCUUUAUGACUGUUCAAAAUGUAUCAAGUGUUAUCCAAAAACAUUUUGAAGCAGAUUCCAUGACAAUAGCAGUCCAGGAUGGUCCUGAAGCUGGACAAACAGUAAAGCAUGUCCAUGUGCAUAUACUUCCUCGUAAAGCUGGAGAUUUCACUCACAAUGAUGACAUUUACAAAAAGUUAGAGAUGCAUGACAAAGACUUAUCCAAAGACCUUCAUGGAUAUAAUGAAACAGUAAAGCUGCCAAAACUGAGAACAGAAAAACAAAUGGCAGCCGAAGCUUCAAUUUUAAAGUCUUAUUUUGUAUAAACACUUACCAAAAAUGAAGAAUCAGUCUGCCUGUAAAUAAUAUGCAGAAACUGAUAUCUAUAGGAAGAUUUCUUUCGUUUCAGACAUUGGGCAGUUGUGUUACUAAGUGUAAAGUAAUCAUCACUAUUUUUUUUACUUGCUACCCUCCAUAAAUAUAUCCAGACAACGACUUUUUUUGCUAUGUUUCAAAUUGGUAAAAGCUGCGAAAGUGCUAAUUUUAAAUGUAUGGAUGAAAUAUAAUAUUUUAAACUCCCAGUUUUGCAAAGACUUUGCAAGCGUUACCAUUUUGCAUGACAAACAGAUAGAAAAACAUACAGGUAUUAUGAUAAAAAGACAAUUCUUAUUAUUUUUUUGUGGAAAAUUAAUGUGCUGGUUUUUCAUGAUAUCCAAAAUUUAAAAAAAAUUAAUAAUAUUAAUAUUGAAUAAGUCAGAAACAUUGUGGUUCCAUGUAAUAUUGCAAUCAAAAUGACCAACAAUGAUUAUAUUUAUUAAACAAUAUAUUUCGGAAAUUUAUUCCAUCUUCAGGUCUAAAAUAUAAAAAACAUAUUCAGUAAAAACUGUUAAAAACAUUAAAAUAAUAAAGUUUUUUUAUCAUACAUAUCAUACAUAGCAUCAUACACUGUACACAAAUCAGAAAAAAGCUGAUGGUAAUUAAAUCAUAAUUACCCACGUCAUAAUUAAAAUUUAAUCACCAGCGGCCUGAAUCUAUAUUCAUCCUUUGUAUUCAAAGAUGGUUUCAAUUGAUUGAUGAAAAGAGCCUCUAAAGUCAUUAAAUGAUACGUUGAUUUUGAGUUUGAGCACAAGAUCGUUACGUCAUCAAUCGACAAUUCACGUUCGCAUUCUUUCCAAUGAUCCGCAACCGGGCCAUUUCGUCGAUGUUCUUUGAAACGACAUAUCAAAUGACGGCUUGUUUGACCGACAUAGCAAGACGAACAUCUUGGACAUGAAAAUUUAUAUACUACGCCACUUUUCAAAGAUUUUUCGACUGUUGGCUUUAGUGAUGGUAGUCAGCUUUUCAGUUUAUUCAGCGUGAAUAUAAUUCUGCACGGAGCUUUGAUGUUGUUAAGCGUUCGUUUGAAAUUAUCCGAAACGUUACCACGAUACUGAAUAAAUAACAAUUUUUCUUCUGUUUCCUCUUCUUCUUUUUCUUUUUCUUUUCCGUCCUGAUCAGUUUGUGGAAUCGGCUUUUCAAUGAUUUUUCUCAAUGUGUCUGAAAUAAUGGGGUCGUAGAAUUCAGCGGGAUAUUGGUUGUUAUCUAGAAUUCCUUUAGCCUUUUUCAGACUUUCAUGAAAUGUUUCCCAACUGCUACAAGCUCUAUAGACUCUAUGUACAAGUCCAGACACAACCGAUCUCUUGUAUUGUUUUGGUGCAAGGGCGUGGAAAUUUAGUGUUAAACCAGUGUCAGUUGGUUUUGUAUACCACUUUGAGACAAGGUUUCCGUGUGUUCUUUUUAUAGACAUGUCUAGAAAUGCAAUUUCUCCAUUGUUUUCACGCUCGAUAGUAAACUUUAGUGAUGGGUGAAUAUUAUUAAUCUCAUUCAACUUUUCCUGGAUCUUAUCUUUGUUGAUAUUUCUGAUAAUAUCGUCCAUAUAUCUCGCGAAUAAAUCUGCAUCUCCCUUGAUAAUAUCGUCAAAUUUACUGAGCCAACCAUUAGCAAGCAUUGAAGCUGGUGGGCUCCCCAUUGCCAAUCCAUCGACUUGUUGGUAAUAUCCAUCAUGAGUCGACAUAACUACAUUGCUACUACAUAGUAAGGUUAAUUUAUGAAAAGUUUCUCGAUCUACUGGAGGUUUUUCGUAUUUUCCAGAAUAUAAAAGACUGGUACAAUCAUCAAUUGCUUCGUUCAGUGGUACAUUUGUAUAUAGGGAUGUGACGUCAAAACUCACAAGUUCCUCAUUUUCUGCAAGUUGGAGAUGUGUAAUUAGAUCGGAUAUUUGUUUCGUGGAAGAAUUGAUGUUGCAUUCAUCUACUACUGACAGCCACUUUGCUACCUGGUUUGCUAGUUUGUAAUAUGGAGAACCUGGCAUCGAUAAAACUGGUCUCAUUGGUGUGUUAUUUUUGUGUACUUUAGCAAGUCCGUAGAUUCUAGGUGGUUGACUUCCUAUUGGCUUUAGUUUAUCAUAAAGCUGUUCACUGAUUUUUCCCUUCACUUUUAACUCUUUCAGGACAGAUGUAAUUCUUUCUUCUUCUUUGAACACAGGGUUCUUCUCAUUUUUCCUUUUAGAUGUAAGUUUAUUAAAUUGGGGUAAACCAAUGAUGUCGUUCAUUUUGUUGUUAUAACUUUCAACUUUCAUAACACAAAUGCCGAUGCCCUUGUCGAAGGGAACUGCUACCAAGUUGUUGAGUUUUAGAUACUUUUUUGUCAUUUGAAUGUUUUUAGAUGGUUUUUGCUUAUUGCAUUUCUUAACGUAUGCCAAAGUCUUAACAUUUAUGUCAGUGAUUAGCUCGUCGUUAAUCUUUUUAUCUUUGCAAAAUCUAAUCAAAUCAUCUAAACCAGUUAACACAUCAUUUUUGUUGAACUUCUCUAUGAUGGGGUUUCUUGGACCCAAGGCUAAUGUUUCCAUAACAUAUUUUGGGAGUCUCUCCGUUAAUUCAUAGCAAAUUGCUGUGUUUUUCACAUUAAAUAACGGUUUUCCUUGCUCAUCUGACAGUUUGUUCAAUUUCUUAUUCAGCGUAUCUGCAUGUGUACUUCUGAACUGUCGAAUUUCGAGUCUAGUAUGGAAUAUAAUUGAUGGUAUGAUACGAUAUGAUACUUUACUUUUUAAUAUCUCCCGAUUUUCAUGUAGUUUCUCUUCCGCCGAUAACAAAUCUUUCUUAGCGUUAUAUAACUCCUUUCUAAGCAAUUUCAGUUGAAAUUCCAAUACAGCUUUGUCGUCAAAACAACCAUUUUCGGGGAUACGAAACUUAAGAAAUUUCGGAAUUAUGUUUGAUUUAAGACAUUCUUCAAGGAAACGAAUACGAAGACUGUGAUUCUCUUUCUUCUUUAACGAUUUAAGAUAAUGUAGAAAAUCUUUCCACCAGUCAUUUCGUUUUAUUUAAUAAAUAUAAUCAUUGUUGGUCAUUUUGAUUGCAAUAUUAAUAUUACUAGUUAUUUAAACACGUGAAAGAAUCCACUUUAAAAAAAAAAAUUAAAAUUUAUUGUAUGUUUUGUAUCACAAAAUUAUUUGUUGUCAAUUUCAUUAAAAAGACACGAACAAUCAAAUGUAAUUUUUAAAUGAAAUAGCAAUAUUAUAACAAUGUUAGGUUAUAACCCUAACCCUAAGGUAGAAGCCAAGAUUUUUUUUCUGAAGAUUUUGUGUGACCAGGUUUUGAUUAAGAAAGAACACAUUUAAUUUGAAUUUCAUUGUAUCAAUUUUUCAAAUACAUGUACAAAGAGAAGACGAAACUUUCAAUAUACAUAUUUUAAACGUUUUUUAAACGUUUUUUCAACCAAAGUUUAUUCUUCGUUUUGUUUGUUGCUCAUUGUGGCGAUGAAUGUUUAUAUUAAAGUAAUAAAUUUAUGUGUGCACCAUUUUACGUGGAUUUAAAAGUAUCAACAUUUUGAAAUGGACGUAGUGUUUUUAAUAUUUUUAUUACCAUGGUUGCUCGAAAUGAUUAGGUUUAAAAUGUAAUUUUGUUUUUUACUAUGUGAUAUGAUUUUAAAAUAUGGAUGUUUCUGUAAACACUUAGUUGAGAAAUGUGAAUUGUUUUGACGUCGCUGUUAAGAAGAGUUAAAAUAACUGUUA